AUGGAUAUUCUAAUUAAAUACACAUUAUACAACGUCGGCACUGCACCAGCGGUUGACGUGAAGCUGGUAGACAAUGGAUUCCACCCAGAAGUAUUCUCCAUCGUUGGAGGCCAACUUUCUGCUGAAAUUGAUAGGAUCCCUCCACAAACAAAUGUCUCGCAUGUAGUUACUGUUAGAUCAAACAGAUUUGGUUACUUUAAUUUUACUGCCGCUGAAGUGACAUACAGGCCAAGUGAAGACUCUGAAGAGGUUCAAUUCUCCAUCAGCAGUGCUCCCGGCGAGGGUGCCAUUGUAGCAUUCAAGGACUAUGACCGCAAAUUCUCAUCACACAUUCUUGAUUGGGCUGCCUUUGCUGUUAUGACUCUGCCAUCUUUAGCUAUUCCUUUUGGUCUAUGGUACUCAUCAAAGAGCAAGUAUGAAAAACUUGCAAAACCAAAAAAAACUCACUAA